AUGCAUAUUCUAACUCCGCCCCGACUCUGCACAGCUCUCACUGUGCUCACAAGUCUAAUCAUUUCCUCCUUUGCCAUCGAUACCCCCGCGACGAAAGAUUCUACCAUUUUCCGUUCUACCGUGAGCUGCCCUGCUUGUCCCGAUCGAAACUGCUACAAAUGCACGCUUGGCCACGAAACCACUCUGCAGGCCAACACCGGUGGACUGGCCUAUAUCCGCUCUCUGAUCGCGUUUCAACUUCCAGUCCCGGCGGCCUCCAUCACAGCAUGCACAGUGCAGUUUCCCGCCUUCACAAAGCCACUCGAGGCACCUGUUAAUGUCACGGCCGCCCAGGCGCUCUCUUCUGGCUGGGACGAGGGUACCGUUACCGGAGAGAACGCACCAGAUUCGGGUGACGCCUUCACAGAAAUUGAAGUACCUGCCUAUGCGAAUAUGGGGCCUAUCGAUGUUACGCCUGCUUGUCAGGGAACAAGAUUUGGCAGAAUUGAGGUUUGGUCGAAGGACUCAGGAAAUCCCGCGAUUCUCCAUAUUACAUCAUCUGCUUGA